AUGCACCUGGCGAGCGCCAGGCGGGGCACUCUUGAGUUGACUCAAAGGUCCCCACCCCCACACCCCCCCCCCCCCCCUCCCCUUUCCUCCCCUCUCCCCUCCCCUCGUCCCCCCGCCGCAUCUCGCGCGGCAGAGGUGUCGUGCUGGAUGCAUACGGGCGAGCGCCAGGCGGCGUGCAUUCGCGAGCGGUACGUGGCGGCGAUUCUGGCGCAGGAGAUGGCGUUCUUCGAUGCGUGCAGCGCCCACUCCAGCUCCGGCUCCUCCGGGCAGAUCGUGAGCGACGUCUCCAGCAACGUGCUGCUCGUGCAGGACGCCAUUUCCGAGAAGGUGGGCAACUUCCUGCAUUUCAUGGCCACGUUCAUAGCAGCCUUCAUAAUCGGCUUCACCACGCUCUGGCAGCUCACGCUCGUCGUCCUCGCCAUCGUGCCUCUCAUGGCGGGCUGCGGCGCCGUCUACGCCGUCGCCAUCACAGGCGUCACCUCCAAGGGGCAGCAGGCAUACGCCAAGGCAGGCGCAGUGGCGGAGCAGGCGGUGGGGCAGGUGCGCUCGGUGUACUCGUUUGUAGCAGAGGAGAAGACGCUGAUGCAAUAUAGGGGCGCGCUGGAGAGGACGGUGCGACUGGGGCUGCAGGGCGGGCUGUUCAAGGGCAUGGGGCUGGGCGGCAUGUGCUUGGUCAUGUUCUGCGCGUGGGCGCUGCAGUUCUGGUUCGCCGCGAAGCUUGUGGCGGCCGGCAAGGCCACGGGCGGCCAGGCGCUCACCACCAUGUUCUCCGCACUCAUCGGCGGCAUGUCUCUGGGGCAGGCGAUGCCAAACCUGACGGCGUUCGCCAAGGGGCAGGCAGCAGCGCACACCAUCUUCCACACCAUCCAUCGCAAGCCCGCCAUGCAUAUCGGCGACACCUCUGGCGAGGCCCCCGCAGCCGGCGACGUAAAGGGGAACUUGGAGCUUCACAGCGUGCGCUUCUCGUACCCCGCGCGCCCAGACGUCGCGGUUUUCGAGGACUUCUCGCUUGAGAUGGCGGCCGGCACGACGGUGGCGAUCGUGGGGCCGUCGGGGAGCGGGAAGAGCACGGUGGUGGCGCUGGUGGAGAGAUUCUAUGAUCCAAUCGCAGGUGCGGUGUAUCUGGACGGGCGGGACAUUCGCUCGCUGCAGCUGAAGUGGCUCCGGGAGCAGAUUGGGCUGGUGAGUCAGGAGCCGGCGCUGUUUGCGACGAGCAUUAAGGAGAAUAUCAUGUAUGGGAAGGAUGGGGCGACGAUGGAGGAGGUGGAAGCGGCGGCGAAGGUGGCUAACGCGCAUGAGUUCAUUUCCGGGCUGCCCGAGGGGUACGGCACGCAGGUCGGCGAGCGGGGCUUGCAGAUGUCCGGCGGGCAGAAGCAACGAAUCGCGAUCGCGCGCGCCAUUCUCCGGAACCCCGCGAUCCUCCUCCUGGACGAGGCCACGUCAGCCCUGGACGCGGAAGCAGAGAAGGCAGUGCAGAGAGCUCUUGACGGAGUCAUGAAGGGCCGCCGCCGCACCACCGUGGUGAUCGCCCACCGGCUGUCGACGAUCCGCGGGGCGGACUCGAUCGCAGUGGUGGGCAGGGGGCGGGUGGUGGAGCAGGGCACGCACGACGCGCUGAUGGCCAAGGAGGGCGAGUACGCGGCAUUGGUGAAGCUGCAGCUCCAGGCGGUGCAGGCUGUGGUCACCCCAGAGGACGCCAUGCAUGGCGGGGAGGAGCACUUGUCCUGCCGUUGGAGCAUCGACUUACAGCAGUCAUCUCUGUCAGACGGAGGCAGGUCUGCAGUGGACUCGCAUGGGGACGAGAAGGAGAGUGGCGAGGCCAAGAGAAGCGGGACGUGGUGGCGACUCUUCAAGCUCACCCUCACCGACUGGCCCCACACUGCCCUCGCUGUUGUGGCCGCGGCUAUUGCUGGCGCCCUCAACGCCGCGUUUGGCCUCUUCCUCACCAUUAUGGUCACGGCCUACUACAAGCCAGUGGACCAGAUGCAGUCACAAGUGAACACGUGGGCUGUGAUCUUCCUGUGCAUGGGCGUCCUCACCCUCCUCGUCUACACCCUCCAGCACUACAACUUCGCCGUCGUCAGCGAGAGGCUCACCGCGCGCGUGCGCGACCUCAUGCUCGCCUCCAUCCUGCGCAACGAGGUCGCGUGGUUCGACCACGGCAGCAACAGCAGCGGCGCCAUCGCAGCCCGCCUCGCCGCUGACGCCGCCCUGGUCCAGGGCGCCAUCGGGGGCCGCAUCUCAGCCAUCGCGCAGAACGCCUCCCUCGUCGCCGUGGCCUUUGCGAUCUCCUUCGCGCUCAACUGGCGCAUGGCGCUCGUCGUCUUGGCCACCUUCCCGCUCGUGAUUCUCUCCGCAGCGGCGCAGCAGGCGUUCUUCAAGGGCUUUGCUGGGGACCUCAAGGCGGCGCACGAGAGCGCCAGCAGCGUCGCAGCGGAAGCUGUUGGGAACAUCCGAACCGUGGCGGCCCUUUCCCUGGAGGCCAAAGUGCUGGGCCGGUUCCGGAAAGAGCUGGAGCCGCCUCUCAAGCGGUCGCUGCAGCGCGGGCAGGUCGCAGGGCUUGCUUUCGGCGGGUCGCAGUUCUGCAUGUAUGUGUCGUUUGCGGUGGGGCUGUGGUACGGGGGGCAGCUGGUGGAACAGAAGGUGGGGACGUUUGAGGACGUGUUCAAGGUGUUCAUGGUGCUGACGUGGUCAAGCUUUGCCAUUGCAGAGACACUCACUCUUGCGCCGGACCUUGCCAAGGGCGGGUACGCCAUCAAGUCGCUCUUCUCUGUGCUGGACCGUCAGACCAAGAUCGUGCCAGACUAUCCGACGGCUGAGAUGGUGGAAUCAGUGCAAGGGGAGAUUGCGUUGAAGCAGGACCCGCUUGCAGGCGCGGUGCUAGUGGACGGGAAGGAUGUGAGGAGCCUGCACCUGCGGUCUCUGCGGUCUUUCAUAGGGCUGGUGGGAGAGAGGGGUACGCAGCUCUCAGGAGGCCAGAAGCAGCGCAUUGCCAUUGCCCGAGCUGUGCUCAAGAACCCAGCCAUCCUCUUAUUGGACGAGGCCACGUCAGCCCUGGAUGCUGAGUCAGAGCGGGUGGUGCAGGACGCUCUGGACCGUCUGAUGGUGGGCCGAACAACGGUUGUGAUUGCCCAUCGGCUGAGCACAAUCCACAACGCUGAUCUUAUUGCGGUGGUGCAAAGCGGAAAGAUUGUGGAGAAGGGAACGCAUAAUGAGCUGUUCAGCAACCCCACGUCGGUGUAUCAUUCGCUUGUGAAGUUGCAACAGUCAAGUAGAGAUACAGGUUUGUGA